AUGUUCGGCCGCCCGCUCCCCGAUGCGCCCAUGCAGUCGGUGGAUCUGGACGGCGUGGCUGCAGCCUCUGUCCACGUGUUCGCCCGCCCGCUCCCUGAGGCACCCGCGCGGGCCGUGGAUCUGGACGACGUGGCUGUGGCCUCUUUGCCAGCAAGCUCCGAACGCACGUCCACAGCGUCCGCGGCCGCCGCCGGGCCAGGACACAAGCGUCCGCGCCGCCAGCGCCGCGGAGAUGCCAGAGACCGGCAGGUUCUUUGUCACGGCCUGCCCGGACAAACUUGCCGCUUCGCUGCAGAUGGAUCCGGCGCGCGGGCUCAAGGCAAGCAUGGCGGUCGAUGCGUUUUCUGCGACGAGUCAGCCAUGGCCCAAGCUCUUGGGACACCUGCAGGCCGCGGCAACAUCGUUCGGUUCCUCAAGCAGUGGAGACAGGCCGGCUCCGACACUUUCGAUGUUGCGCUUUCCCGCAGCACCUUGGCGUCGUUGCCGGACGAAGAUCGCCAGGGCCUUCGGUUGUCGGCAGAGCUCCCGGUUCGGAGGCCUGUGGCGCAACCUGCCGGCCGUGCCGCCGAGGCGCUGGGCAGGCGCCGAGCCGUGACAGCGGCGCCGAGUGCGCAGCAGCUGCAGGCCUACCGCGCCGGGGUCGCGGAGGACCGCGCUUACGUGCGACGCAAAUUCUUCCCGCAGCGCGACCGCCGUGUUCGGCAUGCCGACUUCCGAUGGAAAAACCCCAUGCCCGCCAACUUGCAUGCCAAGAUCCACGAUCAGGCCUUCAACGACACCGGCCUUCCAGACGCGCACGUGACCGACAAGGCCCGCCUUCUGGAGCUUUGGUGCAAGCAGCAUUCCUGGAAGGUUUGCCGUCUCUGCGCGACAGUGCAGCCGCAGCAUCUCAAGGAGGCCGACCUCCGGGAGAAGACGCCGACUGCUCUUGCCAAGUGCAAGAACUGCAGCAAGCCCGAAGAGACACGACUAUGGGUACCAUCUGCAGAGGAGGUGCCCCUGCCUCUACGUGGACUGCCUCGCGAAGUGCUCCUGUCGUUGCGCCCCCUGGACAUUGACUGCGGACCGGAAUGGAAGGCUGAUUAUGGGUAUUACUUUCAUAGCACCAUGAUUCGCUUCUCCUGGUCCCAGCCGGACGUCCUGGCGAAGAUCGACACUUUGGACGGCAGAAACCGCAAGAUCGCCAAGAAGGCCUUCGAUUUCCUCAUGGGCAGCGAUGCCUCCAGCUACCGGUCCUUCGUGCAGCGCCAUCGCCGCUUUCUACGUGACUACCCCAACGCUGAUGCCGAGAGGCGGAAGCGCCCUCUGCGCUUCCUGGAGGAAGAGGCUGUGGAGUGUGCACUGUGGCCACAUCUGUAUUGGGACUGGCGCCUCUGUGAGACCUCUACGCGGCUCGCAGACGUUCGCCGCCGGGCUCGCGCCGUCGAGGCGGUUCGCGCCGCGGCCGGCGGCGCAGACGAAUCCGAUGUUGAGGAAGAAGAUGUCGAGCAUGCCACGCGACAGAGUCUGCGGCGCUCUUUCCUCGCAAAGGCCAUGGGCCCUAUCGCCGACUACGCCGGCGACCACGAGCUCGUGCAUUUCGUCUUCGAUUUGUUCAUGUGGUCGGACGUGGGGGGCAAAAAGGGCGCCUUGCCCGGCACGCCGAUGUGGCAGGCGAUGAAAGGCGCCCCGUGGACGCCCCAGUUCUGGAAGGUGCGACACGCCGCCGCCCUGGAUAUGCAGGCCCAAUGCGGGUUUCCGGUUGCCUUCUUCACCUGGGCUCCGUUUGAGUGGUCCGCGCCAUAUCACCAGUGGGUUCUGCGCCAGAUGGAGCAGUUGGGGAAGUUUGGGGCUGCCACGUCCAACUGGCAGACCUCCCUUUUCGGUGGCCAUCGAAGUGACGGCAGCCGCGUGCGGGUGAACUUCGUCGGGCGACUGGAGUUCCAAGAUGGCAAACGCAAAGAAGCCACUCAAGAUUACCACGGGCGUGCGGCGGUGCACCUGCACGGUCUAGUCUUCGCCGAUGAGGUCGGGCCGUCGCAGCUGCACACCAAGAUCUGCGCCACGGUACCUCCGGAAGGCGACCCAUUGCGAGGCUACGUGCUAGAUGGGCAAGCCGGCCGCACGGGGAGCGGGCUGCCGAGACAGGAGGAGGCCAGCUACUGUGACGCCACGACGGACACCGUGCACCUGCGACACUCCUUCCUGGACAAGCGCCUGGGCAUCCGAGGCUACAGCCCCGAGUUCCUGGACGUGUUCAAGUGCCACCAGGAUGUGCAGAUUCAGCGAGGCACUGGGCUCAUGCUCAAGUACGCCGCGACCUACCUGCCCAAGUUCAGCGAUGGACCUGGGAAGGAGCUGAUGGACGACGGCAGCAGCGCGUACGCAGCAGCCAGGCGCGUGCUCUUCACUUUCCAUCCCGGUGAGCCGGAGAUGUGGCUGCUGCUGGCGAGCCAGGCUUUCCCCAUGUACUUCCUGGGCGGGACGAUGCGGCCUAUCAUUGCCCCUCACCCUGGCAUGCCGAAGAAACCGGACUACGUCCGUCAGUAUGAGGCUGCCGCCUGGCGCGGGCAGAUGACGUUGCUGGAGUUCCUUCGCAGGGUGAACGCGAAGGGGGCCAUUCUGGAGCACAUCCGCAAGUCCCACGCCGCUUCGGGCACGGAGUCCAUUCUGGAGGAAUACGCUCUUCGCUUCCAGACCUUCGGUGAGAAGGUCGUUGCCGCAGAAAUGGUCUCCAUGACCAACGACAAGUUCUACGGCCAGUGGCUUGCGCUCCACGUCCCUUUCCAGCAACUCGAGGACCUGCUCGUCCACGACAUCGUCGCCCGUGUUCCCGACGGCGUGAAGUUUCUAGCCUGUGCUCUACACCUAGCCCCGGAGGUCUGGCGGCAGCCCGCUGCCAUUCGAGCCUACAUGGAGGUUCGAGCACAUCGCGACACGUUCAUCGAAACGGUCCUCAGCAUGAUUUCAGCACAGGCAGCUUUCGUGGAACAGCACCUCGAUGGGCGACUGUCGCCGCCCGGUGCCGUGGCCAUUCCCAUGCGCCCGAGCUACGUGGGCGACGACUCCGAUGAGCUGCAGUUCACUGCAUCGCAAUCUUUGCUCGAGACCUACAUCGACCGCCGCGUCGACCAGGCGCUUCGCAUCCGUGCGACUGCGGACGACGUCGAGUACGAGCGCUUGGUGGGGCUUGCAGAGGAGCACGGGAGCAUGGUGGCCGCCACCGGCCCGCCGGGAACUGGCAAGACCGCUGUGCUGGACCGGUGCAUUCGGCGGGCUGAAUCCCUCGGCGCCCGCAUCCUGAUCGCUUUGCCCACGGGAGUUCAGAGAUCUCGGAUGAGGCAGCGACAUCCGAACGUGGACUUGGACACGUGUCACGGAGCUUUCCUUUUCCAUCGACCCCUGACGGAGGCUUUGGGCAUUGUGGCAGCCUACGAUCUGAUCGUCGUCGAUGAAGCCUUCCAACUCGUCGAAGAACACUUCGAGCGAUUGCAUCAGAUGUGGGUGGUGGCCGCCAGGGUGCCUUGUCUGGUUCUGGCAGGCGACGAGUGGCAGCUCCCGCCUCCAGAUCGCACGCAACGGAGCCUCGCCUGCCACCCGCGCUGGAGAUUCGUCUGCAAGGUGGAGCUGCACCACGUUUGGCGGCAGGACGGCGGCGACCCUCUCCUCAGCAAGCUGACGUACCUCCGCAAGAGCCGCCCGACCGGAAGAGAAGGCGACAGCCUGUUGCGCGAUCUCUGUCGCGGGCACAAGGCUUGGUCUGGCCACCACGAGCCGACUGGCGACGACAUCAAACGCCUCCUGGAGCGCACCGACGGCGGCGGCACCACCGUGAUCACCUGCACUCGGCGAGGGGCCGCUCUGGUGAAUCGACUGUUCCAGGCUGCUUUGUUCCCGCGGCCGACGGCGCCAGCGCUGGGUCGUGUCCCGGCGGACUAUGAGUGCAACCCCGUCAACUAUGAUGACACCGGAAAGCUGCUUGACCGACUGCCGCAGCCGCUGCACUUGACCCUGCACGAAGGUCUGCGAGUUCGACUCACGCGAAACGUCGACAAGCCCAAUGACUUCGUGAAUGGAAUGGCUGCUGUCGUACUCGGUUUCGACCCUCGCCGGCACGCCAUUGUGGUGGAAACAGAGAGCAAGCAUUGCCUGUGUGUGUACCCCAUCACGACCGACGACGUGCCUGGAGGGCGCUUGACUUACUAUCCGGUCAAGUUGGGGUACGCGGACACGGUGCACAAGUACCAGGGAGCUGAGCUCAGCCAUGUUACCUUUUGGCCGGACCGGCCUGGCUGCCCUGCUGCAGGUUACGUGGCCCUCUCACGAGUGAAGAGAGAUGCGGACUACCUUCUCGGCGGUUGCGUCAAGCCAGAACACUUCCUCCCGGCCCGCUGA